AGACUAAGUAGAGUCUAUAUGAUUACUACUAAUUCAUUGUAUGCCUGUCUCGGAAUUGCCUUUAUAGCAUUUGGCUUAAUUGGUAUGCGAGAUGGAUUCGCUGGAGCUACACUAUUUCCAGUUCAUAUAUUCAAAUACCUGGCUAUUUUAGGAGCAAUAGUUUGUGUAGCCUCUAUUAUUGGCAUAAUUGGCACUUAUGUUAAAAAACCAACAAUCACUUACGUCUACAUGAUUAUUAUCGUCGCAGCCCUUGUAUUUCAAGUUAUUAUUGGAGUACGCAUUUAUCAAAAAGCAGCAAAUGCCUCAAAAUAUUUAUCAGAUUUAUGGCCAACAGCAAGUGCUAAUUAUCGAUUAAAUCUUCAGAAUCAGUUCAACUGCUGUGGUUACCAAACAACAAACGAUAAUUUUGUCUUAUCUAACGAAUGUCAACCACUCUCAACAACAUUAACCAACAUAUCUCCACCAUGUGCACCCGCAUUACAAAACUAUGUAAAAUAUACUUUUGCUAAAGUCUACUAUACUGUUUUUGCAGCUUUAGCAUUGGAGUUAUUGGCUAUGUCAAAUGCAAUCACUUUACUCUGUACAGGCUCUGGAAGCUAUAUAGGCGAGGAUGAAGAAGAGGAGAGGCGCAAGCGUAGAAAAUCCGGCAUCCGAUUGGAUGAUAUGACUGUAGAUACACCAACUACACUGGUGGGCUCCCCUCAAGAUGAACAUAAAUUUUAUAGCUAUGGAGACGAGGCAGCCAUCCGUAAUGAUCGAUACGAUAGCUAUGAUGUCUACAGAAAUGGUACCCAUGACUAUCCCUAUCAUAAUGACAACAGUUACUCUAGCAAUAAC